CAGAGGAAGAGGGACAUAUAAGGGACAUAUAUCUUCGGAGUCCCGCCACGCAUAGGACAAUUCUUCACCUACCACAAUUCACUUUCAUUCACUUCCUAUUCCACGGGCCAUUGAUUAGUCUUCAUCGAUAAACACCCUAUAUCCUUGUUGCUGCAAUAAUGAUCAAGCCAGAAGAAGCCGCCGCUCCUCCGCCGGCCGACCUGGUCGGAGAAGCAAACGGCGAGAAUACAGAUGAACUCCCUCCCAGCGCCGAAAAGCUGAGCGAGCUGAUCACUUCUGCCAACCUCUAUUACACCCUCAAGAACUACCCCGCUGCAGCCGACAUCUACAGCGAUGCGACCGAGAUGCAGGCCGCGCUCCACGGCGAGAUGAACCCGAGCAAUGCCGACCUGCUGUUCCGGUACGGGCGAUGCCUCUACAAAGUCGCGGUGGAGAAGAACGACGUGCUAGGUGGAAAGGUGGCGGCCGACAAGCCGGCGAAGAAGAAGGGCGCCAAGCAGAACCGGGAGUCGAACAACGCCGGAGAGGGCAGUAGUUCCUCGAGCGCCUUACCGGUGAAGGGAGGGGAGGAGACCGCGGCGAAUAAACCGUUCUUCGAGAUCACGGGCGAUGAGAACUGGGACACGUCGGAUGACGAGGAAGACGAGGAGGGCCAAGACCAAGCGGCGCAGGAAGAGGAGGACGAUUUGGCGAACGCGUACGAGAUCUUAGAUCUGGCGCGCGUACUGCUGGAGCGACGACUUACCGAGCUUUCGUCCGAGGAUGCAACGACAGGAGGCCAAGAUAAGGACAAAUCGAUCCAUGACACCAAAGAGCUCCUCGCCGACACCCGCGACUACCAAGCCGAGAUCUCCCUUGAAAACGAACGCUUCGCCGACGCCGUCGCGGACAGCGCCCAAGCGCUCGACCUCAAGCUCCAGCUCUACCCCGCGGAGUCCGAGAUCCUCGCCGAAGCGCACUUCAAGUAUUCCCUCGCGUUGGAGUUCGCCUCCGUCAGCUCGGUGCGGCAAGCGCAGGAGGAAGCCGAGCAGGGCAACCGCAGCGCCGAGUCGAUGGCGGAGGCGAAGGUGGAUGAGACGAUGCGGAAGCAGGCGGCGGGGGAGAUGGAGAAGGCGAUCGCGAGCUGCCAUCUGCGGGUCGCGAAGGAGGAGGCGGCGGUGAAAGCCAUGGAGGAUGGCGAGGGGCGGACGGCGAAGUUGAAGACAAUUGCGGACGUCAAGGAGAUGGUGGGCGAUAUGGAGCAACGGUUACAAGAUCUCAACGCCCCAUUCCAGCCCCCGGAAAUGACCAUCGCAGACGCGCAAACCGAGGCGCUCCAGGGCCUGCUCGGCACGCUCACCGGCGCGGACGCGUUCCAGCAACAGGCCACGAUCGCGGAGGCGACGAAGAACGCCACGGACAUUUCGGGGUUGAUCAGGACGAGGAAGAAGGAGAAGGCGCCGGUCCCGGAGACCAAUGGCAAAGGGAAGAGGAAACUGGAGGAGGAUGAAGCGAGCGAGGGGUCGAAGAAGGCGAAGGUGGAAGAUGCCCCGGAGUGACCGCUGGCUGGAUGAGGGUCAUCUUCUCGAGGCGUUUGGCGUGCUAUGGAGGGGGUGGUAUUGUACGGCUGGCUCCCUGAUGCGAAAGGCCCGGUAAUGGGAUUGGUAUUUGCUCGGCUACGAAACGGGUUGGCAGGAUAUGCGGAAAUGGCCUUUCCGGCAGAUGUACGUGUAGCAUUAUGUCACAUAUUUAAGUUCUGAGACCUCAAUUCGCAUUGCACAGG